AUGGUGCCCACUGACCACAUGGUGCCCACUGACCAUGUGCUAAGUACUGACCGCGUGGUGCCCACUGACCGUAUGGUGCCCACUGACCAUGUGCUAAGUACUGACCGCGUGGUGCCCACUGACCACAUGUUCCCACUGACCCCCUGGUUCCCACUGACCCCAUGGUGCCCGCUGACCCCCUGGUUCCCACUGACCCCUUGGUUCCCCACUGACCCCCCGGUUCCCACUGACCGCACUGUGCCCGCUGACCCCCUGGUUCCCACUGACCCCCUGGUUCCCGCUGACCGCACUGUGCCCGCUGACCCCCUGGUUCCCACUGACCCCCUGGUUCCCGCUGACCGCACUGUGCCCGCUGACCCCCUGGUUCCCACUGACCCCAUGGUUCCCACUGACCCCAUGGUGCCCACUGACCCCAUGGUGCCCGCUGACCCCAUGGUUCCCACUGACCCCCCGGUUCCCGCUGACCCCCCGGUUCCCACUGACCGCACUGUGCCCGCUGACCGCCCCCCUCGCCCCGCGCAGGACAACAGCCGGCGCGUGGACAACGUGCUGAAGCUGUGGGUGAUCGAGGCGCGCGACCUGCCGCCCAAGAAGCGCUACUACUGCGAGCUGUGCCUGGACGACAUGCUGUACGCGCGCACCACCAGCAAGGCGCGCACCGACAACGUCUUCUGGGGCGAGCACUUCGAGUUCAACAACCUGCCCGCCGUGCGCACCAUCCGCCUGCACCUCUACAAGGACACCGACAAGAAGAGGAAGAAGGACAAGAGCAACUACGUGGGCAUGGUGAGCAUCCCCAUCGCCAGCGUCACCGGGCGGCACUUCGCCGAGCAGUGGUACCCGCUGAGCCAGCCCAGCGGCAGCAAGAGCAAGGCCGGCUGCCCCGCGCUGCGCGUCAAGAGCCGCUUCCAGACCAUGAGCAUCCUGCCCAUGGAGCUCUACAAGGAGUUCGCCGAGUACGUCACCAACAACUACCGCAUGCUGUGCGCCGUGCUGGAGCCGGUGCUCAGCGUCAAGAGCAAGGAGGAGGUGGCGUGCGCCUUGGUGCACAUCCUGCAGAGCACCGGCAAGGCCAAGGACUUCCUGUCGGACAUGGCCAUGACGGAGGUGGAUCGUUUCAUGGACCGGGAGCACCUGAUCUUCCGGGAGAACACCUUGGCCACCAAAGCCAUCGAGGAGUACCUGAAGCUCAUCGGCCAGAAAUACCUCAAGGACGCCAUUGGCGAGUUCAUCCGCGCGCUCUAUGAGUCGGAGGAGAACUGCGAGGUGGACCCCAUGAAGUGCUCGGCCUCCACGCUGGCCGACCACCAGGCCAACCUGCGCAUGUGCUGCGAGCUGGCGCUCUGCAAGGUGGUCAACUCGCACUGCGUGUUCCCGCGCGAGCUGAAGGAGGUGUUCGCCUCGUGGCGGCUGCGCUGCGCCGAGCGCGGGCGCGAGGACAUCGCCGACCGCCUCAUCAGCGCCUCGCUCUUCCUGCGCUUCCUGUGCCCCGCCGUGAUGUCGCCCAGCCUCUUCGGCCUCAUGCAGGAGUACCCCGACGAGCAGACGGCGCGGACGCUGACGCUCAUCGCCAAGGUCAUCCAGAACCUGGCCAACUUCACCAAGUUCGGGAGCAAGGAGGAGUACAUGGCGUUCAUGAACGAGUUCCUGGAGCUGGAGUGGGCCAGCAUGCAGCAGUUCCUGUACGAGAUCUCCAACCUGGACACGCUGACCAACAGCACCAGCUUCGAGGGCUACAUCGACCUGGGCCGCGAGCUGUCCACGCUGCACGCGCUGCUCUGGGAGGUCAUGAGCCAGCUCAGCAAGGAGGCGCUGCUGAAGCUGGGCCCGCUGCCGCGGCUGCUGACCGACAUCAGCGUGGCGCUGCGCAACCCUCACCUGCAGCGGCAGCCGAGCCAGGGCGAGCGGCUCCCGCCCAAGGGGCUGGUGCUGCGCGGGCCCUCGGCCGACCUGCAGCCCUACCUCGUGCGCGACCUCAACAGCUCGGUGGAUCUCCAGUCCUACAUGGUGCGGGGGCUCAACAGCUCCAUGGACGUGCCCCGCCUGCCCUCCCCGCCGCAGGAGAAGGGCCCCCCCGAGGUGCUGGUCCUCAGCCGCCCGCCGCUCGCCCGCUCCUCGCCCGCCUACUGCACCAGCAGCUCGGACCUGACCGAGCCCGAGGGCGGCCGCGGCGGCGCGCUGGGCGUGGGCAAGAGCGUGUCCAUGCUGGACCUGCAGGACGGACGCGUGGACAGCAUCCCCAGCCUGCCGGCCGAGCUGCUGGCCGGGGGCGCGGCCCCGGGGGGCGCGGGCCAGCCCGGGGGGCUGCGGCCCGGGCGGCUGUCGCAGGGCAGCGCCUCCAGCCUGGCCCCGCCGCGCCUGGGCGUGCCCGAGCCCGGCGCGCCGCAGCUGCGGGUGCCGCUCUCCUUCCAGAACCCGCUCUUCCACCUGGCGGCCGACGGGCCCCUGCGCGGCCCCGACGGCGGCGGGGGAGGGGGCGGCGGGAGGGGCGAGGGGGGCGGCGGAGGAGACGGGGGGCACUUCGGGGGGGUGGCGGCCCCGCCGCCGCCGCCGCUGCACGGGUACAGCAAGAGCGAGGAGCUGGCGACCCCUCCCCAGAAACACAUCACGCACAGCCACAGCUACAGCGACGAGUUCGGGCGGCCCGGCGGCGACUUCGGGCGCAGGCAGCUGUCGCUGCAGGACACGCUGGCCCCUCCCCAGAUCACCAUCGGCGCCCCCCCGCCGCCCACCCCGCGGGGGUCGCGGGCGGGGAAAGGGGGCGGGGGGCCCCAGGCGCUGGGGGUGCCCCAGAAGCCGCGGCCGGCGAGCGGGAACCUGCUGGCCUCGCCCGAGCCCGCCUACGGACCCGCCCGCUCCCGCCAGCCCUCCCUGGCCAAGGAGGCGUCGGUGGCCGGGAUGAAACCGCCCGUCACCAAGCAGGCGUCGCAGGCGCCCUCCACGCUGAACCCGGUGCUGGGCGCCUCGGAGCGCACGGUGGCCUGGGUGUCCAACAUGCCGCACCUGUCGGCCGACAUCGAGAGCGCGCACAUCGAGCGCGAGGAGUACAAGCUCAAGGAGUACUCCAAAUCCAUGGACGAGAGCCGGCUGGACCGGGUGAAGGAGUACGAGGAGGAGAUCCACUCGCUGAAGGAGCGGCUGCACAUGUCCAACCGCAAGCUGGAGGAGUACGAGCGGCGGCUGGUGACGCAGGAGGAGCAGACCAGCCGCAUCCUGCUGCAGUACCAGCAGCGCCUGGAGCUCAGCGAGAAACGGCUGCGGCAGCAGCAGCAGGAGAAGGACUCGCAGAUCAAGAGCAUCAUCGGCAGGCUGAUGCUGGUGGAGCAGGAGCUGCGCAGGGAUCACUUGGGCGCCCACGACCCGUCCGAGGGCCGGCGGCGGCUGCUCGACGCUCAGGAGAGGCAGCUUUCCGCCGUGGGUGCAGCAGACCCGGGUGUGAUUUGGGGGGUCCCCGGGGGGGUCCCCGGGCGGCCCCCGCCUCCGCCCCCGCCACCCCCGAUCACGGCCAACGGCUGCGAGCGGCGCGGCCCCGCUGCUGAGCACUAACCCCCGCCCCGGGGGUCGCCGGGACCCCCCCCAAAACAAAUCCACAACAAAAACCCCGCACCCGCAACUUCCCCCGAUCCCCCCCCAAAAAAACCAAAAUCUGGGGGGAAAAGGGGGAAGGGAGGGGCGGGGAGGGGGGGAACACCCGGAGACCCCCGGGGUGAG